AUGACCAAUUCCACCGAAAUUAGUCACAGUUAUAGGGAAAAUGCAUGUGAAUUGGAGCUGCAUGUUAAGAAGGCCAAUAGAGAAGCUGCGGGUGGUCCCACUGGUAGGUUUGUGGAGAAUAUAAGAAAUUGUGAUAUUUUCAUAGAAGACUACCAUGUCCUUAUCUACUUGGAUGUACAGCUGUACAAAUUUCGUUCAGCACGUCGUUUUGAUCUAAAGGACUUAAAAAAUAUUACAUUCAAAUUUAAUUCCAAAGACAAUGUACUUACUGUUAACCUUCCCUGCUUACCGCUAACUGAGGAGGAACAUCCCGAGAAAAACUCGGAAGAAAAUAAAACAAAGAUUGUAGAACGUCCCUUAGAUUUGUGGAAAUUGAAGAGAAUCACCGAUAACUGCCUGCUAAAAAUUGAUGAUAACGCGGAGCUAUUGCGGCCCGAGGGAUCAUAUGGUUAUGGAUUUGCUAGUAAAUUCCAUGGACGAAUAAGAAGUUUUGACUGUGAUUUGGACACUAUUUCUCGCAUGCCUGAGCCAGAUCGAGUGAGCCCUCUGCAACGUCUAAUAGACAGAGAUAUUGAUGAAAUGAAAAACUUUUGUCGUGAUCAAUACAAAUUGAAUUUCGUAGAGUUACAAGUUCCUGAUGGUCUGGAUAAUCCCAUGCAAUAUACAUUUAAUUUUAAAGAUAAUACACUAGAACGUGAUGAAGAAUAUUUACUACACAACCUGACGUCCAAGCCAGAGCUAAUGGAAAUGCCUGACCAAUAUGACCCCAUGGAAAUUGAUUGCGGGCUCAUAAGUAUUUUAUUGGCUAUAUGCUAUGAUGUUAGAUUUACAUCGAAUGAACCAAACUGCGAAUCGGCAUGGACUCGUAGCAUUUUGUCCGCCACGUUAACCUAUUUCGAGCCAUUCACCUCACUAAAAUCUGUCGUCAUUAGUUUUAUGAGACGUUCCCUUAUCUAUCCUUUAUAUCGCAAUUAUGAACUUAGCAGGCAAUGCGUUGAAGAUUGCGUAGCUGCAUUGCAAAAUAAUUCCCAAUGGAUCCUCAAACAACUACUAAUUACUCAUGAUUGUUUUAGCCUUAAUGAACGUUCGGUAUUCAAUCAUUAUUACAUUGAAGAUUACAUACGUUAUGUUUCAAAUCGAGAAAUUUGCUCAAGUUCUCAUCUGCAAAUGUUGGCACAUAACUUAAAAAAUGUUUUAUUCGAUGUAUUCAAAAAGAAUUUGGGCUUGGGACUGCAAGAACUGGAAACGGAAUUGCUGAAGGAAUUGAUAACCGAUAUUCACAUUGCUGCUAGUUCGACAAGUGAAGAUGAGUCUGUCGAAACGGAAUCGGAUACUUCUAGCAGCGACAGCAGCGAUGAUAGUGAUAGUGACAGUGAUGGUGAUAGUGUAAUAGAACAGAAAAUGGGAAGUUUAAAAUUGUAG